AUGGGCGACACAUCAGCCGCAUGUAUGGAGUUCGUCAAGAUGGCGCGAGCGAGAACGCUCACACGUGAAGACCGCUUGGACAUGCUUCGACUGUUCGCGUUCUACACGAGCCAAGGCGAGACCGCUCCGUCCAAGAAGGUGGUUCAAGCACUUGGACGCAACGUUGCUGUUGUUCGUGGAGUGUGGUGUGAGUACUGUGACUACGGAACUGUGACGGCAGCCACCCCUGCCGCGAACCGCACAGCGCACCCAACAAGGCUCAUACACUCGACGCAAAACAUUGAACUGAUCCAAGCAUUCGUGCGAUCACGCCGUGUUACGCGCAUGCGGGGGACAGCUGUUGACGUGUUGACGUACUUGAAUGAGAUGGACGUUCUCUCUGUGGACCUCACAAGCAAGACUGCCACCCUCGCUGGCGUCCAAGCGUCGUGGCUACAAGCGCGGCAAGAAGCCAGGAUCGUCGAGCUACCAUCUGUCCAAGUCGAACGUGUUGGCGGGCGAUGA